GUCUGGUUCCAGCCCCCCUGCCAUGGGCAUGUCCCACUAGACCAGGUUGCACAGGGCAGGUCUCUGAAUGCCUGCAGUGGAGAGAGAAAUGUGCUCUGCAAGAAAGACAUUAAGGCUCAUCUGUACCACUACACCAGUACAGAGGAAAAAUGCUGGAGCCUCAGGACCUGAAAAGUACACGGAGGCAUUUAUUAAAAAACAGAUUGAAGAGUUCAACCUAGGAAAGAGACAUUUAGCCAACAUGAUGGGAGAAGAUCCAGAAACUUUUACCCAAGAGGAUAUUGAUAGAGCUAUUGCCUAUCUCUUCCCUUCUGGCUUAUUUGAUGAGCAAGCCAGACCUUUGAUGAAGCAUCCUAAUGAAGUUUUUCCAGAGCAGAGAAAAAUCCAGUGGGGAGAAGAUGGCCGACCAUUUCACUUCCUCUUUUAUACUGGCAAGCAGUCAUAUUAUUCAUUAAUGCAUGAAACAUAUGAAAAAUUGCUGAAUGUUCAGAAACAUCAAGACCAACUGAUGGCUCAAGACAUUCCUCUUCAGAAGGAAAAAAGAAACCUGGCUGGCAGCAGAUGGCUGACUAAGAUUGAAUUGGAAGAAAUGUUGGUAGAAAAAGUGUCAGAUGAUGAUUAUUCAAGAUUUAUUCAACUCUUACAAAAAUUGGUAGCCUUGCCAUGUGCUGACAUCGAGGAUAAGUAUAUACAGAAGUUUUCCAAAGAAGUUCCAGUGCAGUUGCAGAAGGUGGUGAUUGAGCCCUUGCAGUAUGAUGAGCGAGGAGUGGCCUUCAGCACGGGGGAAGGUAAAAGAAAAACUGCAAGUGCUACUGCAGUUGUUUAUGACAAUGGGACUGGAAAAAUUACAGUGAAUGGAAUAGACAUUUUACAUUACUUCCCAGUGCUGCAGGACAGGGAACAGUUGUUGUUCCCUUUCCAGUUUCUUGGCAGAAUUGGAAAACAUGAUGCAGUUUGCACAGUCUCUGGUGGAGGAAGAUCUGCACAGGCUGGAGCAAUACGUUUAGCCACUGCAAAAGCCUUAAGGAGUUUUGUGACAGAAAAGGAGGUGGAAUUCAUGAGGCAAGCUGGAUUGCUAACAGUUGACCCACGUGUGAAGGAACGAAAAAAGCCUGGUCAAGAGGGACCAAGACGGAAAUUCACCUGGAAAAAGCGAUAAGUCUUGAGUAUUUGAAGAGUGAAAAAGUGCUACCAAAGUUUCAAAAUGUGCUGAUUUAUGAUUUAAAGCUGUUGUAUGAAUA